CUGUCAUUGAGUAUUUCUUACAUACAUCACCACAUCCACACACACCUUAUUAAAGAUAAUAUUUCCAUUCUCCUAUGUUUCAGUUAAACUCUACCAUACCACACACACAACACAAGGCAAAGGUAACAUAGCAAUGGCUCAAACUAUGUUGCUCAUGUCUAGUGUCUCCAGUACCUAUUCUGUUCCCUUGAACAAAGAUCCUUUGCUUCAAUUACAGUGUCAAAGAUUGAAGCCUAGGUUUUCUGAUAUCUCAUUUAGCCCACUUUCUUCUAAUUCUAAGUCUUUUUCAUCUCGCACUUUCAAAACUCUGGCUCUAUUCAAAUCAAAGACCAAAGCCCCUGCUAAGGUUGUACCAAAACAAAAACCAAAGGUUGAAGAUGGUGUCUUUGGAACUUCUGGAGGAUUUGGUUUCACUAAGCAGAACGAACUCUUUGUUGGUCGUGUUGCUAUGAUCGGUUUUGCUGCAUCAAUUUUGGGUGAAGGAAUAACUGGGAAAGGAAUUCUAUCACAAUUGAAUUUGGAAACUGGAAUUCCAAUUUAUGAAGCUGAGCCUCUCCUCCUAUUCUUCAUCAUUUUUACACUUCUAGGAGCCAUUGGAGCUCUAGGUGACCGUGGUAAAUUCGUCGACGAUGAACCUACCACCGGAGGCGUUAUUCCACCCGGAAAAGGCUUCAGACAAGCUCUCGGUCUCAGCGAAGGAGGUCCUUUAUUUGGAUUCACCAAAUCCAAUGAACUGUUUGUUGGAAGAUUGGCUCAACUGGGAUUUGCUUUCUCUUUGAUUGGAGAGAUUAUUACCGGGAAGGGAGCACUAGCUCAACUCAACAUUGAAACUGGUGUACCAAUCAAUGAGAUUGAGCCACUUGUGUUGUUCAAUGUUGCUUUCUUCUUCAUUGCUGCUUUGAAUCCUGGAACUGGGAAAUUUGUAACAGAUGAGGAAGAAGAUUAGAUUAGAGAGUAGUUUACUUUGUUUGUAUUUAAAGAAAACUUGUACGUUUGUUUGUCUAUGAUCAAUGCAUUGAGUUCUUGGUAAA